AUGAAGGUCCUCAGCCAGGAAGAAGAGAGGGCGCACUACAACGUCGUGCUCAAGGGCGGCGCCAUAGGCGGCACCCUCGGCCUCGUCGGCGGCCUCGCAGGCACCAUGUUCGCCUCGCGACGCUACCCCGCGUUCCGCGCCCUGACGCUCCCGUUCCGCACCUUCCUCGUCACGUCGACGGCGACCUUUGGCGCCAUUGUCAACGCCGACCGCGAGUCGAUCAAGUUCGCCCACGCCAAGGACCCCAUGUACGGCUACCAGGACGCGUCGCAGCGCGCGCGCGAGCUGGCGCACCAGAACGAGAGCGCCCAGGACGCCUUUAUGCGCUGGGGGCGCACGAACCGCUACGGCAUCGUCUUCGGCUCGUGGAUCGCCUCCAUGGCCGCCGCCAUGGCCAUUGUCAACCGCCAAAAGUACCUCACGGGCGCCCAGCGCCUCGUCCAGGCCCGCGUCUACGCCCAGGCCCUCACCGUCGCCGUCCUCGUCGUCACGGCCGUGUUUGAGAUGAACGACGCCAAGAGGGGCGAGGGCCGCUGGGAGACGGUCAUGGUCCUCGACCCCGACGACCCCGAGCACAAGCACCUCAUUGAGAAGAAGGUCCACAAGGAGGAGUAUGAGGGCCAGGACCUGUGGAAGGACAUGGUCGCUGCCGAGGAGAAGAGGAUCAAGGACCGCGAGAGCACAAAGGUCCCGCAGAAGCAGUGAGCGUGCCGUCUUUUUGCGGAGCGAUCGAUCGAAAUGCAGCGAGGACCUUGUCUGGAGGCGUUGGGCUGGGAUCGGGGAGAUAGAGGCAUGAUUGAUGCCCAUUUUUUAUUCCUUGUUUUAUAAUGGCGUUUGGAGUGCUCUACAGAUUACAGAGCGUGUACGAGUUGCGUGGUGAUGGAAGCGAAAAAAAAAGGUCAAAGUCAUCAUGGGUCAAAAUCAUAAUGGAACUCAUCAUACCUCCCGCUA